AUGAAGCUUCUGAGUCUUGCUCUUCUGGCCCCCUUCGUUUCCGCAGCCUGUGAUACGAGCAAGAACGAGAUCAGUCUCACGUUCAUGUUGAGCAACUUCUACGAUUAUGAAGUAGAAGAGUUCUGCCCGGUAGCCGGAAGCUGCGUGAACAUGCCAGCCGGGCCUGACGAGUGGUCUCAAAAGGCAGACUGGGCUCUCAUGAAGGCAAAUACCUGCGUGAGGUUCUACAAAGCGAACGACUGCCCGUCUGGUGUUGAAACAUGGGAACCGCCCUGCUAUGACACAGACUGGGCCGUUUUCAUCCUUCAAUCCUGGCAGGAUGGUGCGAUCAAGUCUUACACAGUUUUCAAGAAGUAG